AUGCCAGCGACCUUACCCCUAGAGCUAUUAUCCGAAAUCGCAAGCCUCCUAUAUGAGGCAGGCGAUUGUCUGGUCCCCUAUACAACUGUCUGCCGUCGGUGGCAAGCAGCUUUUGAGCCAUUUAUCUACUCUGAUCUAAUCGUCUACAGCGACGAUGCCCAUAAGGAGGAAAGUCAAAAAGGGAUAUCUCUGGCUCACUUCCAGAAGGCCACAGCAGGAUCUGGCGCAAUCCGACAAGUCUGGAUACGAAAAUUACAUGUUGAUAAUCCCGUUCGAGAAGCAAAUGAUCAAGCCUUUCAAACGGCUAUCACUGCUCUAUUUGAGACACUCAGCUCAUGGAACCAGAGCCAUCGUCUUUCAUUGGAGCUAGGGCUGCUGGGUCGCCAGAUGGGCGAGGAGCCGGAGCCACAUACCUGGGACUACGAAGAUGCAGGUGAAUACAGCAUAUGUGCCAUGCGUUGA